AUGUCUAGGCUCGAAAUAUACUCUCCUGAAGGUCUCCGUUUAGAUGGUCGUCGUUGGAAUGAACUGCGUAGGUUCGAGUGCUCAAUAAACACCCAUUCACAUGCAGCGGAUGGCUCAUCAUACUUGGAACAAGGUAACAAUAAGGUUAUAACAUUGGUAAAGGGACCACAGGAGCCAAGUUCCCGUUCACAAGUUGAUACUGCAAAGGCUUUACUUCGAAUUUCAGUCAAUAUUACCAAAUUUUCCAAGACUGAGAGAAGUAAGACUAGUCAUAAGAAUGAAAGACGAGUACUAGAGAUGCAGACUGCUCUGGUACGUACCUUUAACAAGAAUGUCAUGUUGAAUGUUUAUCCUAGAACGCUGAUAAAUAUCGAGGUUCACGUCUUGCAACAAGACGGUGGAAUAAUGGGAUCCCUAAUAAACGGUAUCACUUUGGCACUAAUAGACGCAGGUAUUGCCAUGUAUGACUACAUAAGUGGUGUGUCUGUGGGACUUUAUGAUACUACACCCUUGCUAGAUACAAAUUCACUGGAGGAAAAUGCGAUGAGCACAGUCACAUUGGGUGUCGUGGGCAAAACUGAGAAAUUGUCACUUCUACUGGUUGAGGAUAAGAUUCCGUUAGACAGACUAGAGAACGUUCUGGCAAUUGGGAUAGCUGGGACUCACAGAAUAAGAGACCUCAUGGAUAAGGAACUGAGAAAGCGCGCGGAGAAGAGAGUUGCCAACGCAUUGUCGAGGUGA